AUUUUGCAGAUGUUUGUGCCCCUAGAACGGUAUCGGGUAGAUUAGCAGUUGCGUAGUUUGUUCAUCAUGCCAGUUGUAUAAUCCGAUUUUGAAAUGACGUCUCGUGACCUGAGCACGUACAAAGCUACGAGUGUUAUUCGAGUAGGAUCCAGGAAAAGUCAGCUCGCCUUGCUGCAGACCCACGAUGUGAUUGCGAAACUGAAGCUGUGCCAUUCAGACAUCGAUUUUGAAAUCGUUACGUAUUCGACGAAAGGUGAUGAAGUGCUUGGGACGUCGUUGUCUAAAAUCGGAGAAAAGAGUCUGUUUACGAAAGAGUUGGACGAGGCCUUGCUGAGGAACGAGGUGGAUUUUGUUGUGCAUUCUUUGAAAGACGUUUCUUCUCAUCUUCCACUGGGCCUCACUCUUGGAGCAAUUACCGAGAGGGAAUGGCCUGGAGACGUGGUGCUGAUGUCCCCGAAAUUCACCGACCUGAAGUUGGAAACCCUGCCUGCUGGCUCCAUUGUUGGUACGAGUUCUUUGCGAAGAACAGCUUUGGUUGCGAGACACUUUCCUCAUUUGAGCGCGGAAUCCGUGAGGGGUAAUUUGAAUACUCGAAUGGCUAAAUUGGAGGAUCCCAACGGCUGUUUUGCUGCCAUCAUUCUCGCCAAUUGUGGGAUCAAGCGGAUGGGAAUGUUGCAUAAAGUACAUCAGACGUUGCCACCAGCAACGUGGCCGCCUGCAGUUGGUCAAGGAAGCCUGGCUGUGGAAUGCAGAGCAAGUGACACCUACACGCUGCAGCUACUGAGCUCUGUCCGCAACUCUGACGCCAUCUUCAUGGCCAUAGCAGAAAGAGCAUUCAUGGCGAGUUUGGAAGGCGGGUGUUCUGUGCCCAUUGGUGCCCACUGUGUUCGCACCCACGCAAAAGACCAAUUCAAUAUGCAAGGCUUUGUGUACUCCACUGGUCCUGAAAAGCUGUGCUUGACGUCGGAACGAUUCUGCGACACUAGUGCCAGGCAUAUGGAUUCAUCUGACAGCACUGGGUACUCCGGAAUUUACGUGCCAUUCGAAGAUGGCGCAAAGGCGAGGCAUGCGAAGUUGCUUGGGGAAUGUGUGGCGGAGGAUUUGAUUUGCCAGGGGGCCAAGGACGUGUUGAGGGCUGAGAGGGAGAAAAAUGCCGUGAAGACUUGA